AUACUACAUCAGUCAAAAGAGUAGGUGAGAUGUGUUCUUACUCGAUCAAUUCGAGAACCCAUCCUCUUCUUAGAUGAGUUCAGUUUGAAACAAUCUCUUGAAUCUAGGCAUUAACGUUCCCGUUGAGGUGCCACCCUGGUGUUUGUUAAAAGUCCCAAGUGAAAAUUUUCAGUUAUUUCAACCAAUUGCGCUUUAACCAACUUGAACCAUGGACUGGAGACGACGACUCGCCAAUCUAAGCAGAGGAGUGAGUUGGAUCGUGGCAAUAGGAUCUCUCUUAGUUGGCACAUUCUCUAUUUUGAUGAUGGUUAGAAGAGGUAGAAUCUCAAAUCCUUAUGAUGCUCAAUCGAGUUCUUGUCAGUUUCCAGCAAUCUACAACUUUGGUGAUUCGAAUUCGGAUACUGGAGCUGUGUCCGCUGUAUUUGGCCGCGUUCAUCCUCCUUUUGGGAUGACCUAUUUUCAUAAACCUUCUGGCAGGUACUCUGAUGGGCGUCUAAUCAUUGAUUUCUUAGCUGAAAGAUUAGGUUUACCAUACUUAAGUGCAUAUUUGGACUCCAUCGGAACAAAUUUUCAACAUGGGGCUAAUUUUGCUGCUAGUGGGUCCACCAUUCAGCCUGCAGAUGCUCUCAUGCUAAACCGGACUUUUAACCCUCUCACUCUUAAUGUACAACUUUCACAGUUUGAACAAUUCAAAGAUAGAUCUACCGAUUUGUAUUGUGAAGGGUCUGACAUUAAAGAUCGUUUUCCACGACCCGAGGAUUAUAAGCGGGCCCUUUACACAUUUGACAUAGGACAAAAUGAUCUUCAUGCUGGGAUUACAUCAAUGAAGGAAGAGCAAGUGAAGACAUAUAUCCCCACCAUAAUCAAUGAGUUUGCUUCAGCCGUAGAGAAACUUUAUCAACAAGGAGCAAGAACAUUUUGGAUUCACAAUACGGGUCCAAUCGGAUGCCUACCUUAUUUUGUGAAAAACUAUCCACCAACUCCUGAAAACACGGACCAAAUCGGAUGUGUAAAGUCAUACAAUAAUGUAGCACAAGAAUUCAACAAAAACCUCAAAGAUAAAGUUUCACAACUCCAAAAACAACUUCAAGAAACAUCGUUCAUGUAUGUUGACAUUUAUUCGGUCAAAUACUCUCUCAUAAGUCAAGCAAACAAACAUGGUUUUACGGAUCCUCUAGGGCAAUGCAUAGGGCAAGAUGGGAAUUUUAGCAGAGGUUGUGCGAACCCGUUAGAGUAUAUUAGUUGGGAUGGAGUACAUUAUACAGAAGCAGCUAACAAAUGGAUUGCUAAUCGACUUCAAGAUGGCUCCUUUUCUGCUCCAAAGCUUCCCCUCAUGAAAGCAUGUGAAGCCUUUUUGGGGUCCUAAGGCUAUACGGUGUGGGGUGCGGUUUGGAACCGCGAUGCACAACCACGUGGACUGCGAACACCGCCCCCAGGGUGCGGUUUCGUGCGGCUAUAGAAGACCGCUUAAUCUGAUUGGUUGGGUGCUUUCUUCCAUGUUUGACUGUUGAACGGUCAAGAUUCGUGUAAUUUUUUAUUUUUUAUUUUUUAACCAUUACUCCAUCU